AUGGAACAGAGACUGCUCGAGCUGCUGUGGACGGCGCUUAUGGCGCCGAUCUUGGGCCGGACCUUAGAGACGGCGCUAGCGGCCAAGGCUUUUGGCUCAAACUGGCCACGUCUGGCCCGUCUCAAGCGCAGCUUAGAUCCGCACAACGUGCUCCCUUACGCCUGUCCGCUCCUGAAUCCGCCGGUGGAACAGAAGCUCAUCAUUCUUGUCACGGGCGAAAGCUGUGUCGGCAAGGACUAUUGCGCCGAUAUCUGGGUCUCUGUUUUCACCUCUAAAGGCCUCAGGACACGAGCAGUCAGCAUUAGCGAUGUGACUAAGCGAGAAUACGCGGCGGCUACUGGCGCUGACCUUGACCGCCUGCUUCGGGACCGGGCCUACAAGGAGCAACAUCGGCAAGCAUUAACGGCGUUUUCCCAGAGUCAAGUGGGGCAACGACCUCAGCUGCCAGAGGAGCAUUUUCUGAAUGUCUUUUACGAAGCUGCAAAUAUGGAUGUAUUGCUGAUCACAGGGAUGAGAGACGAGGCACCUAUCACAUCCUUGUCGCACUUGGUGCCAGACAGCAGACUGCUCGAUGUCUGCGUCAAAACUAACGAAGAAACGCGUCGAGCUCGCCGAGGGCAUCAGGGUUACCGUAGCGGUGGCGAUGACAAGAGCGAGAGCAAGGGCAAUAACAAUGGCAGGUCGGAUCCGACCGUCUUGAACUACUGUCCUACACUCAUUUUCGAGGAUGACUCGAGCGGAAGCCAGGCGGCAAAAACGUUUGCCCAACACUCCCUACUUCCCUUCUUACACAAGGACCUGCGGAAGCUAGCACGUAUGGUACGCGUGGUGCCCGACUUUCCGCGUCCGGGCAUCGAGUUUCGCCACGUCCUGAACAUCUCCCAGCAACCGGGCGGACUGGCUCUGUGUGCAUCUCUACUGCGAACUCACUUCAUAGGUGACUGGGCCAAAGUUGACGCGGUGGCUUGUUGCGAGGCCGGCGGCUUUGUCUAUGCUCCAGCGUUGGCUGCGCUGGUCGGUAUACCCUUGGUAUUGAUUCGCGAAGCCGGCAAGCUUCCCCCACCCACUGUUUCUAUCAUGAAGCACCGAUCGCACAUCUCGUCUUGGACAUCAAACGAUUCAAGAGAAAGGAGCAUUGAGAUGGAUCGAGGUUUGGUCCACAAGGGCGCGUCAGUGGUGGUGGUGGACGACGUAUUUGCUACAGGGAGGACGCUCUUAGCGGUGCUACGGCUAUUAGGUGAAGCCGGCGUCGAUGCUAAAGAUAUCAGCGUCAUGGCUGUGGCCGAGUUUCCUGUGUACCGUGGCAGGAAAUUAUUGCGCCAGCAUGGCUUUGGCGCAGUCAACCUUCAAAGCCUUUUGGUGUAUGAUGGAGCUUAG